AUGACAAAGACCAAGAAUAUAACAAUUGGUGUACUAAGUUUACAAGGAGCAUUUCUUGAACAUGAAUUAUAUUUUAAAAAAGCUAUAACUAAUAAUGAACAACAAUAUUUAAAUUAUUCAUUCAAUAUUAUACAAGUUAGAACAAAAGAUCAAUUAAAUCAAUGUGAUUCUUUGGUAAUACCAGGUGGAGAAAGUAGUACAAUGUCAUACAUAGCAGAAAGAACAGAAUUAUUACCACAUUUAUAUAAUUUUAUAGCAGAUGAAUCCAAAUCAAUUUGGGGUACUUGUGCAGGAUUAAUUUUUUUAUCAAAAGAUAUUUUAAAUGGAGUUAAAGAUCAAAAAUGUCUUGGUGGAUUAAAUAUUCAAGUUAAUAGAAAUGCAUUUGGUAGACAAGUUGAUUCAUUUGAAAAAAAAUUAGAUUUUAGUGAAUUUAUUGAAGGUUGUAAUGAUUUUCCAACUAUAUUUAUAAGAGCACCAGUAGUUACAAAAAUAUUAGAUGGAGAAUUUAAUAAAAAUGGAAAUAAUUACAACAAUCCUGCACCUGUUGAAAUAUUGUAUAAAUUACAGAAUUAUCAUGGUGAUAAAGAAUUGAUAGUAGCUGUUAGACAAGGUAGAAUACUAGGUACUUCAUUUCAUCCAGAACUUUCAGAUGAUUAUAGAUUUCAUCAAUAUUUUAUAGAUGAAUUUGUUUUAAAAUUUUGUAAAUAG